CUCUCAACACACACACACACACACACUCAAUAAUCAUGGACCUCAUCAUCACUCCUCUCCAAAACCACCCAAACACGCCCUUAGCGUUAGCCGUAGCCACCCUUCUCCUAUCCCUCGCCGUUUUGCUAAUCAAAUCAUCAAGCAAAAAACCCCGCCUCCCUCCCGGGCCAAAGGGAUGGCCUGGGAUAGGCAGCAUGGGCAUGGUCAGCCAGCUCACGCACCGCGGCCUCGCGGCGCUCGCCAAAAUCCACGGCGGCCUCUUCCACCUCAAGGUCGGAAAGGUCCACAUGGUGGCCGUCUCCACCGCGGAGGCGGCCCGGGAAGUCCUCCAAGCCCAGGACCACGUCUUCUCCAACAGGCCCGCGACUAUCGCCAUCCGCUUCCUGACCUACGACCGGGCCGACAUGGCCUUCGCCCACUACGGGCCCUUCUGGCGCCAGAUGCGGAAAAUCUGCGUCACGAAGGUGUUCAGCCGCAAGCGGGCCGAGUCGUGGGCCUCGGUCCGCGAGGAGAUCGAUGCCUUUACGAAGGACGUCAAGUCACGGGCCGGACGGCCCGUGAAUGUGGGGGAGAUGGUGCUGGGAUUGACCAAGAAUAUAACGUACCGGGCCGCGUUCGGGUCGGUGGCCCGGGAUGGGCAGGGGGAGUUUGUGGGGAUUAUGCAGGAGUUUUCGAAGCUUUUCGGGGCGUUUAAUGUGGCGGAUUUCGUGCCGUGGAUGGGGUGGAUCAACGGCCCGGGAUUCAGCCGGAGGCUGGAGAGGGCCCGGGAUUCGCUUGAUGCGUUUAUCGAUAGGAUCAUCGAUGAACACAUCGAAAAGAGGAAGGAGAGGGAUGGCGGCGGCGGAGCUGAGGAUGAUAUGGUGGAUGAGUUGAUGGAGUUUUACUCUGAAAAUGGGGAAAGCAAUGAAACAAAGGGCCAUAUUACUAUAACAAGGGAUAAUAUUAAGGCUCUCAUCAUGGAUGUCAUGUUUGGUGGGACUGAAACCGUUGCCUCAGCCAUCGAGUGGGCCAUGUCCGAGCUAAUGAAGAGUCCCAAUGACCUCAAAAAGGUCCAACAAGAGCUCGCUCAAGUGGUCGGGCUCAAUCGAAAAGUCCACGAGUCGGAUCUCGAGAAACUAACGUUCCUCAGAUGCGUCAUCAAGGAGACCCUCCGCCUCCAUCCCCCGAUCCCUCUCCUCCUCCAUGAGACAUCCACUGAGACAAUUGCCCAGGGUUACAGAAUCCCAGCCAGGGCCCGUGUCAUGAUUAACGCGUGGGCGAUUGGACGGGAUAAGAGCACCUGGGCCGAGCCCGAUACUUUUAACCCGUCUAGAUUCUUGAAGGAAGACGCCCCCGACUUCAAGGGGAGUAACUUCGAGUACAUACCGUUUGGGUCGGGGCGGAGGUCGUGCCCCGGGAUGCAAUUGGGGCUUUAUGGGCUGGAAUUGACUGUGGCCCACCUUUGCCAUAGCUUCACUUGGGAAUUGCCAAAUGGGAUGAAAGGUGAUGAUAUUGAUAUGAAUGAUAUUUUUGGGCUCACUGCACCAAGAGCUGUCCAACUUGUGGCAAUUCCAAAUUAUCGUUUACAUGUUUAAUUUUUUUUAGAUUUGUCCUGAUUAAGUCAUAGAUUAAUUAUUGGGAAUUGAACUUCUAUUUAUUUUUAAAAAGAAUUGUUUUGAUUGUAGACCAAAUAUUUUUUUGAUUUCAUUUGAAAGUAGGGUAUGGUCUUAUCAAAAGUAUUCUCAGUGUUCAAUUGUA